AUGCACAUUCCUGAGUGGAAGUGGGAGAGGAUAGUUAUGGACUUCGUGGUAGGGCUACCAAGGACUUUGGUCAAGUUAGAUGCUAUUUGGGUUGUUGUGGAUAGGUUGACCAAGUCCGCAUAUUUCAUUCCGGAUCAGACUACCUACAAUUUGGAGAAGUUUGCGGGAUCUACAUUAGGGAGAUUACUCGGUUGCGUGGAGUGCCUAUUUCUGUCAUUACAAUCAAGGCACUCAGUUCACUUCUCAUUUCUGGAGGACUUUGCAAAAGAAGAUGGGGACUCAGUUGGACUUAGUACUGCACACCUGCAGAUAGAUAGUCAGUCCGAGAGCACUAUUCGGUUCAAUGCAUUCAAGGUGAGACCUUGGGGUACUGAUUUGUUGAGGGAUUCCUUGGAUAAGGUGAAGUUGAUUAAGGACAAUCUUCUUGCGGCUCAGAGUAGACAAAAGGAAUAUGCGGACCAGAAGGUUCGCGACAUGGUGUUCAUGGUUGGUUAUCAGGUUCUAAUGAAGGUUUUGCCCAUGAAGGGUUUAGCGGGUGUUCACCCUGUGUCUCAUGUUUCCAAGUUAAAGAAAUACCAUUCAGAGCGGUCUUCUAUAAUCCAAUGUUUCUCAGUGUUAUUUGAUCAAAAUAUGUCCUUUAAGGAAGAGCCGGUGGCUAUCUUGGAGAGCAUAUUACUUAAAAGUACAUGCGAGGUACUGCUAGAUGAGACCAUAAUUUGGGAUCCAUGGUUUAGACCAGAGGCAGAAAUUUCAAUAGAUGUUGCUUGGAUUGGCUUUCUAGAUUUACCCCCUAAUUUCUUUGCAAGAGAAACUGUUUUCUCUAUGUCUGCACUUGGAAAGCCUUUGACAGUUGAUUUAGCCACAACAAAUAGGACCAGACCUAGAUGUGCAAAAGUUAAAAUAGAAGUGGAUUUGUUGGCAGUUCAUACUCAAUAA